AUGAACUCUGCCAAUAUAAACAGAGCGUCCUCAAAGGUCGAAAUAAGAGAUCAUGACAAUGAGCCAUCUCAUAAAAAUUUAAAAACUUCAGGUAAGUCAAAUGUAAACUUAAAUGCUGGCCUCUCAGGAAUUAAAGAAAUCGGCCCAAGGCCUACAACAGCUAAUGGCGAUUUCUCAAACUUAUAUAUCUAUUAAUAAAUAGGUCUGAUUUUUUUAAAAAAUUAAAAAAAUGCCAAUUUAUAUAUAAUUUUAUAUCAAAUUUAACAAAUAUCAAUAGUUUUUUAAGGGUUCUUAAAGACAGAAGGCUUCAGGCUGGAAAAGAACCAGCCAAGGUAAAGCUAGAUUACCGAAGGCUUCAGACUGAACAGAAAGAAUUUCUUGAUGCUUUUGAAAAAGAUAAGUCUACAAGAAAUGGCCUAUUAGGGAGAAGAGGCAGCCAGCAAUACCGGACUACAGCGCCUCAAAUUAUAAAGCAAAACGAUACAAAUGAAAUGUUGAAAACCCAAGUUAAAGAUGCAACAGUGACCCCGACAUCAAGGAGAUUCCCAAAUUCCAUUGUCCCAAAUACAUUCUGAAUUUCCUAUAUAAAUAACUUAUAAUCCUAUCCACAAAAACUGCAUAUUUAGUAUAAAAAUCAAUAAGACCUAAAACUUAUGAGCACUCCCCAAAUCCGAAAGGCCUCCCUCCUAGACACUUAUCUGGGAUAAGGACACAGCCGCCAAUAGAAAAAUUCCUCCCAGACAGCACCAAUAACUCAACAGCUGACUCAAACAGUAACGCUAACCAUUUUGACAACUACACUAUUGGCAAACUUAUAGGCCAAGGCGCCUACGCCACUGUAAAAUUGGCUGUACACAAGGUAAAUAACCGAAAAUACGCCAUAAAGACCUAUGAAAAAUACAGGCUCCUUGACCCACAAAGGAAAAAAAACGUCAGCAGAGAAAUAAAAAUCCUUGAAAAACUCAGCCACAGCAGCAUAGUCAAGCUUUUUGAGGUGAUUGACGCUCCGAAGCACCUUCACCUUGUGUUAGAAUACGUCCCAGGGUGUUCUUUGCAUGGAUAUUUGAAAAAAAGACCUGACAGGAAGCUAGAAGAAGCCGAAACCAAAAGGAUUUUCAGGCAGCUUCUGUCAGGAAUUGAGUAUUGCCACAAUAAUAAUGUGACACAUAGAGAUUUAAAGCUGGAAAAUAUACUAUUAGACGACAAAAAUAACGUUAGAAUCAUUGAUUUUGGGUUCGCCACGUGUUUUCCUCAUGAAAAAAAGGUAAAAGUGUUCUGUGGGACACCGACUUAUAUGGCUCCAGAAAUUGUUGCAAGAAAAGAGUACUCAGGCCCGCCAGCUGACGUGUGGGCGCUGGGUGUUUUGUUGUACGCAAUGCUUUGUGGGACUUUUCCAUUUAAAGCUUCAGCAGAUAAGGAGCUUUAUAGGAAAAUCCAAAGAGGGCAUUUUGUGAUCCCUCAGCAUGUGAGUGGGGGAGCGAGAAAUGUUCUUACUCCCCCUUGAGGGAAAAAAAAAUUUUGUAUGUCACGGAGAGUUUUUUAUUAAUUUAUAAUAAAUUUUAUGUAUUUUUUUACCCCAAAAAAUAGGGAUUUUUCCAAUGGUUUUGUUAAUUAGGAAAGGGGUGAGUUAAUAGAGUUUUGAUAUUGGAGCCAGCGAAACGUAUGACAGUCACUGAGAUUUUAAGGGAUGAAUGAUUAAACUCCUCAGGGAUUUUUGCGAGCACCAAAGGGUUUGAGUUUUCCAGUUUUUCGCCUCAAAAUAAUAUAAAUUCGUCUGAGACUAUAGACUUGGAUAUUAUGUCAAGCAUGGUAAGUAAUAUUUAGAAAAAAUUAGGAUUUACUGAGGCAGAGUUGAUGAAAGAGCUGCAAGACGACAGGAGUCAUAUUGCGAUGCUUUAUAAGAAACUUAAACAAGGAAAACAAGAUCUUACUCUUUUAUCAAAUUAUUUUUUACAUAAUUUUUUUUUUUUAAAAAAUCCUUAUAUAAUAAACAUUUUAUCGAUUUUUUUUAAAAAUUACCAUCAUAUAAAUAAAUUUGUUUUCAAUUAAAUUAUUUAAUUAUAAAAAAUCAUAGAAAAAAAGAAUUAGAGAAUCAAGAAAAUUGGGCUCUUUUGGUGGAGAAUCUAUAGAGCAGCAGCAUUAUCUUAGCACAGGAAUUAAUCGAUAUUAA